CGCAGGCGCGAGGGUCUGGCGCGCGCAGGCGCGAGAAGGGCACAGCCGGGUCUGGUCUAAGUGUGUUCGAGCUGCAGCGGCUGGAGAAGAGUGGCCGGAAUUGCUCGAAUAUCCACAUCUCAGCUCCUGUGCCUGUCAAGAGUUUUAAUUCAUCAUGGAUAACAUGUCAUUAGAAGAAAUUCAGCUAAGAGCUAAUCAGGUUACUGAUGAGUCUCUGGAGAGUACAAGGAGAAUUCUGGGUUUAGCCGUUGAGUCUCGGGAUGCAGGAAUCAAGACUAUGACCAUGCUGGAUGAACAAGGGGAACAACUAAACCGUAUAGAAGAAGACAUGGACCAAAUAAAUAAAGAUAUGAGAGAGGCAGAGAAUACUUUAACAGAACUCAACAAAUGCUGUGGCCUUUGUGUAUGCCCAUGUAAUAGGACAAAGAACUUUGAGUCUGGUAAGGCCUAUAAGGCAACAUGGGGAGAUGGUGGAGACAGCUCUUCUAACAAUGUAGUGUCUAAGCAACCAGGCCGAGUGACAAAUGGUCAGCCUCAGCAAGCAACCCCAGGAGCAGCCAGCGGUGGAUACAUUAAACGUAUAACUAAUGAUGCCAAAGAAGAUGAAAUGGAAGAUAACCUGACUCAAGUGGGCAGUAUCUUAGGAAAUCUAAAAAAUAUGGCUCUGGACAUGGGCAAUGAAAUUGAUGCUCAUAAUCGACAAAUAGAACGGAUCACAGAAAAAGCUAACACCAACAAAGAUCGUAUUGACAUUGCCAAUGCCAGAGCAAAGAAACUUAUUGACAGCUAAAGCUCCUGCUGUCUUCUUUAUCAUUUAUUCACUUUCCUAGCUGCUCCUUCAGUCAUUACCUUUUCAGAGUUUUAAAUUUUGGUUCUGUACUCUUCUAAUCAGGAGAUAAUGUGGAGGAAGGGAUAGGGGUACAGCCCCUAUUUUUUUUUAUGUUCUCUUUUUCCCCUUGAGAGUAGACUGCUUCUCAGCCUUCUUUCUAGUAUUUACUUUCUCAGUUCAUACUCCUAGAUUGGUUUUCAUACAUCAUAUAUGAUGUUGUUUUUCAUCUUCACACUUACUUUUUAGUAGGUUCUUUUGCUUUCAAGAUUUGGAAGCAUUGCCAAAGACAGCCAUGAGAAAGGAAGCUAGAGGCAGUGUGAGGGGGCACAAAAAGGAGAGGCAAUAGAUGAGAGGUUGUUACCUCAGUAGAACCUGUAGGCCACAAAGCAAAAGUUGCAUAGCCAUAGUGAAGAUCCAUCAGAGUUUAGUUUCUAAUUCAAGUUGCAGUUAUUGCCAGUUUAGGCUAGUACUUGGUUUUGGAGCUUUUAUACACAUAUUUUGUUAUUAUAUAUUAUAUCACAACUUUGCAACCUCUGCUCCAAAAGAGUUUUCUUCAAGUGGACUUAAUUUCUGAACUCUUGGUGAUUCAUAUAUGUAUAUAGAUUCUAUGAUCCCAUAUCAUACUGCACCAUACAAGAACACUUUGUAUAACUGAAUAGCUUUUUAUUUUCAUAUUAGUAGUAUCAUGGUCCCAUUACAGACCUAUUAACCUCAUAAAUUUGUCAUUUGCCUUUGAGGAAAAAGUAUGUAAAUAUGUAUGUGUUAACACGAGAAUUUCUCUCUAAAGCAGGGUUUAAAAUUUUUUGGAAAAGUUUCACAAACUGUAUCACAUGAAUUUAGAUUUACCUCAAAGCCAAGAAUUAGGUUUAGAUAGAAAAAAAGAAUCUUUGUUUUCAUCUCAGGUAGAAAAUUAGUUAGAUUGCUUUGCAUUUUAUGUAGCUUUAGACAUUAAAAAAGGUAGAAAUUAUUCUAUUUAAAAAUGACUUGGAAAAUUACACCGUUGGUUUAAUUAUUGAUAAUUGCACUAUCAUUCUCUCAGUGUUUUAUAUAGAACUGUGUCCACAAUUCUGUUUAUUUUCGUAACAGUGUUAUAAGAAUCUGAUCAAUAUUUGUCACAUUUAUUUAAGAACUAGUAUCUGUAUACUUCAAAGCUAUUAAUGUGGAUUGGUUUGACUAAUAACCACUGCUUGGUCCUUACAAUUAAAUUUUAUAACUAACUACUGGAAUUGUUCUUUUAAAUAGGUAAUGUAUUUCUGUGAAUAUUAUGCGGGAGGCAGUAAUUUCAUCAACUCUUAGUUUAACUAAUAGCAUAAAGCAAAGGUCCAUAAAUCAAGAAGCACUAAAAUGGAAAGCUGCCAUUAUUAGCUUCUUUCCCAUUUUUGUUGGAAAUAGAGGACUUCCCUUUCUGUGAUUUGUCAUGAGGUUCAUUUUAAUUGUUACUAGUUACUAGUCUUUUUAGUCAUUUGAGCUUAAAUACACUCGUUGCUGAAAGGAUGGCAAUUUAUGAGAACUACAACCCACUUUCUGCAGAUACAGUUAACAUUGGGAACUUUGAAAGGCUGAAGAGGAAAAAAUUUAAAUGUAGAUUCAGUUAGGCAAUCCCUAAUAUAAGUGCUCCAUGCCAAAAGGAGUAGUUUGGCAAGUGAUGGCAAAUGUGUAAAGCAAGAAAGUAUAAAAACACUGGGGAUUGUGCUAUACCUAAAUGCCCUAAAAGCAUUAAAAAAAAUAAAGUAACAUUGUUAUGACAAAGGAGAUAAUUCUGAGGAUACCAGAUGCUGCCCCACAGUGAGGUUGGUUAGAAGUGUGAGCUAAGACACCCAAGUGUCUGGAUUUGCACUCUAGCUUUGCCACGUGCUGGCUUAGUGACCAUAAGCCCAGUUCUGUGCUUCAGUUUCCUUGUCUGUAAAUGGGGAUUAAUAAUUCCUGCUCCACUAAGUUGUUGCAGAAACUCAAUGUGGUAAUGCAUACAAAGUCCUUAGAGCAGUGCCAAAAAACAUAAGAGCUUAAUAAAUAAAAGCUGCUAUUCUUUUUAGAAUGGAGCUCUCUUUGGCUUCAGGAUCACUUUGAAUUUGAUAAAAGACAACAUAGCCUAUCUCCCCAGAGAAACACACAGACAUGAAUCAUGCAUAAAUCAGAAUCAUGCAUAAAUGCAUCUUGAAAGCCUAUCCAUGGAUCCCAGGUUACAAAGGUUUCCAAAGUUUCUGCUAAGAAAGAAGAGGGACAAGGCCAUAGCAAUUAGGCCCCAUAACGCAUUAGAAAUACAAACUGUUGAUUUAAAGCCUUUUCUAAUUUUCUUCUUUAACACUUUCUGGAAACUUGUUUCCAUUACUUUUGAAAGGUAGUAACUGAAGAGGUUAACACAAGCUCUAGGAGUCCAACCACCUGGUUUCAGUCAUUUACUAGUGUGACCUUAGCAUAAUACUAACCUAUAACUAAGGAGUUAAAACAGUGUCCCUCACUGAAUUAGAAUUUUUUUUACAGCACCCUCAUCAAGUUUCCAGUCUUAACAAUGAUUUUGUCCCCUAUAGUGCCUGUUUUAUUCUUCCUUCACAGUUUUAGUUCAUCCUUUAUUACCAGACUUUAACUCUAGAUCUUUUCAUGUCAUGUGUGGGCUGUCAAUCCCCCCUUAAUUUAAAUUUCUACUUCCCAGACAUUCUGUACUCAGUUGCACUUAGAAUUAAUUUGUUUAAAUGCUGUUUCCUUUAGGUCACUCACUUACUAAUAUUUAGGUUAUCCCAAUUGUAUUCCAAAUCAUAUUAAAUCCAAAUCAUAUAUUCCAAUCAUGUGUAUUUCUCAGAUUGAUAUCCAAGUUCUGUGUUCUGUAGUCAUUGUUUUUCAUCCUUUUUAAUGUAUCUGCUCCAAGCUUUCUAUUUCUGUGCAACUUGGUAAAUUCUAAUUCCUUACAGAUGAAAUAAAUGGCAACAUUUAUUGA